AUGGAACAUUCUUCGAACGACGUAGACGAUGUUCGGCGUAUUUGCUUUAAUGAAGAACUUUGUGACAUCCUUGACGACGCCAACAUCGUCCAAUUCAUAAAAUGCCACAGGCUUAAGUGGUUGGGAUAUGUCCCACCAAAUGGCAACGACAGAACUCCAACGUCCUCACUAAGCUCACAACCUGGAGGCAAGAGAAACCUCGGAAGGCCGAGGUUGCAUUGGAGUGCUCAAGGAUCUCAAGACAAUAUUAUAUAUAGGUAUUCGAAGUGUAAGAAGCAUGAGAUAGAUUUGGAUGACGAAAUAUACUUGCGAAGUUUAUAG